AUGGAGGUGUGGGGUAGUAGUAAUAGUGGUAGUAGCAGCAGCAGAUCAGCAAACAGCAACUACAGCUGCGCCUCGUUUGCACAGCGAUUGCGACAUCGAAUUCUUGUUUUUGACAGUUUCCGCAAGAAGAAAAGCAGCAAGAAAUCAUCCAACCCAUUUACUACGUCUGGUCUGCGAAAGACAAAGUCGACAGGCAAUAUUGCUGACGAGAACCAGACAUGCACUCGACAAACCACGUCAACCACUGCACCUGCAACCGAUGAGCUGCAGCUCCCUGCAGCAGCAGCAGCAGCAGCAUCAUCAGCAUCUUCUUCUUCUUCUUCUUCCUCCACACCCAAAGCAGGUGCCGCCGCCGCAGCACCAAGCAUCAAGCCAGACGAAGAAGCAGCAACAAAAGUUGGCGGCAGCACGUCCAGCAGCAGCGCAGACGAAGCAGUAGCCUAUGACGACGCUACGAGCAGCAGCGAUGACGAGGACGAUGCAUCUUCCGUGUCUUCUGUCUCAUCUUCAUCGUCGUCAAGUGACGAAGGAGAUGAAGAAGACGACAGCACUUCCGCCUCGUCUGAUUCUGACAGUGUUUCAAGUUUACCAAAUGAUAAUACCCGACGACGGCCCGGACACAUGACUAUUCCACGUGCGCAGGUGAAAGCUAAUUCGUCUCCCUCGACUCCUCAGGAAUCCACCGACAGGGGCAACUACUUUUCUUCUGGCGAUUUGGAGCUGCUCUUGUCCCAGGAGACGCAAGCCCGCAUUGACGCUCAAGAAAAGGCCGCUGCGGAUGCUGCUGCCGCUGCAGCUCCGGCGCCAAGAAAGACAGCACUUCGGUUUGAGUUGCCGGUGACACCUUCCAGAUCCAGGUCGCCGAAUCCCGCAUACUCGGCUUACUCGAGACCACGUCAACGAUGGUCAUUGCCUGACGAGAAGAUGCUUGACGACGGUCAGAAGAAGAAGAAAAAGAAGAAAAAGAGCAAGAAGAGCAGCAGCAAAAAGUCCAAGAGACGAUCCAAGUGGAAGAAUCGGAUCAUGGGUUCGGACGAUGAAAAGAACAGCGACGCAGAGGAGCAGCCACGCGUACUAAAGGUGGGCGAUAAGGUGUAUCUGCUUCAUCGUCCUUUGCCAAUCUUUGGCCACGUCCGUUACAUGGGCACCGUGAACUUCGAUAUAGGUGACGACUGGGUCGGUGUCGAAUUGGAAAGUCGAGUCGGCAAAAACGAUGGGUCGGUCAACGGACACCGCUAUUUCCAAACAGAUCCGCACCGAGGCAUCUUUGUCAGAAAGGCUGAACUCGGAUUUACGUAA